AUGGUCCCUAACAAGCGAUCUCCGAGCAGAUGGAAGAAAUGGGCUAAAAAGUUCGGCUCGCUGGGAAGGUCUGGCGGUGCCACCGACCGCGACGGUCAGUCCUCGCGAGAAUCUGUUAUUCCUCCAGCCCAAGUCGAACAACUCGCCGACGCUAGUAUUCCGGCUGAUCAACUGAGCUCCAACGUCUUUCUAACCAGCUCCCAGGAUCAAGCCGCAGGUAUAGCCCUAGAGAAGGAAACGUCCGCCCUUGCUAAUGAACCAAGCCCAUCAGCUGGCAAUGGCGAUGACGCCCCAGGCUUACAGGCUGGAACCAAGAUGCAGGUCACAGCUUCUGAUAGCCUGUGGGAGCAAGCGUUAAAACGCAUCAGGGCCUCUGAAGCAGACUCAGAUAUUGUCGCGGCAGUCUUGAAGCUUGCGGAACAGGCAGCCGAUGGUGAAUCUAGCUCUGCCAUGAACUCGGCUAAGGACAUUCAAGGUUGGAUGGAGCAGCAGCUCGAAGACAUGAAGAAGAAAACCAUCGCCGUGUUGAACAGGUUUGUCGCUGUUGGCGAUGUGGCCGUGAGUUUUGACCCGGUUCACGCAGCUUUGCCAUGGGCUGCUGUGCGGUUUGUCUUUGUUAACCUCACCGCUCGAAGCAAGCUGGCCAGCGAGAUAACCUUUGGCCUCGCCAAGGUUGCAACAUUAGUUUCUCAGUGUAGCAUUUACCAAACACUAUAUGGCACCUCAAAAAGCUCCGUGGAAUCACAGGACGUGCUAAGGAACUUAGAAGAAACUAUAGUUGACGUCUAUGUCCACUCAUUGCUGUUUCUCGGUUUCGCGGUCCUGCAAGGCGGUGGCAAUCACUUCAAGGCCGUGUUUGAACUAGACGACCUGGAGACAUAUAACCAAAAGCUUCUGGACAUCGGUAAUAGGCUUUCCAAAGCUGCAGAGAAUUGCGAGAAGUUCAGUAACCAUCAUGAUCGGCAGGAUGCUAACAAGAUGCUCCAGCUGGCAAGAGACUCAUAUUCAGCUCUCCAAACCCAAAAAGAAAUCCUUCUUGACAUUCGAAAGUAUACGUUGCUUUCCACUUUGCGGCAUGCCAAAGGCGCCGCAUACGAUUUUCACGUCAACGAGAACAACCCUCGCUGCCACCAAGAUACCCGUGUCGAGCUGCUUGAUCAAAUCCAACAGUGGGUGCGCAGUGUCGACCGCGAGCCCAUCUUUUGGCUGGAGGGAAAGGCCGGUACCGGCAAGUCGACCAUCGCUCGCACCGUCGCAGCAAGUCUCGAUGCAAGUGGUGAGCUUGGCGCAAACUUCUUCUUCAAGCGAGGCGAAGGGGAUCGCAGUCGGGCUGCAUACUUCUUCACUACCAUUUGCAAACAACUGUGCCAGAGGGUGCCUUGUUUUGCAGAACAUGUACAACACGCGAUCGAGGCUGACCCAGAAAUCACAGAAAAAUCGAUGUCUCCGCAGUUUCAGAAGCUCAUUCUACAACCAUUGGGAUCAUUGAGUCAGAGAGGGAGCGGCAAGUCGAGAAUGACUGUCGUUAUCGACGCCCUAGAUGAGUGCGAUCCAGAGGAGGAUGCCAAGCGCAUCAUUGAGCUUCUGGCGAAGACACAAAACCUACUAGGAUUCAAAUUGAAAUUCUUUCUAACCAGUCGACCCGAGUAUCAUAUCCGUCUUGAACCCGUGGUCGAGCAUGAUCUAUCGGUCUACCUUGUGCACCAGCUGGCCCUCAUCAGGGACCAGUACAAUCGCCUGGCUCCAGAGGAGCUUCAUCUGCCCAGGGACUGGCCACCUGCGGACGAGAUACAGAAACUUGUCAAAUUUGCUAAUCCGCUGUUCAUUUUGCCGCCACCGUCUGCCGGUUCAGAGACUUCGGAUGAGAAGCUUACUGCCACAUAUGCCACAGUUCUUCAGCGAUUCGUAACCGGGAAACUUGGUUCUCGCAUGACCGGCCGACAGAGAGAUGACAUCGUAUCCCGGUUCAGGAAUAUCAUUGGGUCCCUCAUCCUGUUGGCAGAGCCGCUCUCCGUCAUAUCUCUUGCUAACUUGGUUGGAGUUAGUCCAUCUGCUGUUGGUGGCAUCGUCAGCUCUCUUCAUUCGGUCCUCAAUGUCCCGCGCGACUUGAAGUCUCCUGUUAAGAUCUUACACUUAUCUUUUCGCAAGUUUCUUGUCAAGAAAAAUGAAGAUUUUUCAAAUGGCUUUUGGAUAGACGAGGAAAAGACUAACGAGGAGUUGGCGAUAAAGUGUCUUGAACUCCUCUCUAGCAAUGAUCGCCUCAGAUACAACAUGUGUGGUUUGGGACAAUUAGGCAAGCGUAGGAGCACCAUACCCCAGGAAAAGGCGGAUGGCUCCUUGCCACCAGAGAUUCAAUAUGCGUGCCUUUACUGGAUCCAUCACCUGGGGGAGGGCAAAGCCAUACUUCAAGACGAAGGACAGGUUCACGUGUUCCUCAAGAAACAUUUCCUUCACUGGCUUGAAGCACUGAGCCUAAUGGGUAGAUUAACCGAAAGCACACGGCAGACCCAGAAGUUGCAAAAAUUGGUUGAUCCCAAUGAAGGUAUCGAGAUCAUGGAGUUCCUCCGCGAUGCACAACGCUUCAUCCUCCGCUUUCGCGCCAUUGGCGACGAAGCGCCUCCCAGUUUUCAGUGA